AUGUGCGCGUCCCCUGCUUCUCCUUCCGCUUCCCCCUGUUCCGUCUCCCCCAGUUCCGCUUCCCCCCAUUCCGCUCCGCGCAUCCUCCAAACUCGUAGCCAAUCGCGCCCCCGCCGGAUCACAACUGCCGCAACGUCAAAUGCCCCUGGGGGGACUUCCGCCUCCCCCGCUUCCGCGCCCGCUGCGCCUAGGCCCGGCGCGAGCGGAGGCGGGGAGGCGCUUAUAACGGGGGAAGGGCUGGCGAAGAGCUUCGGAAUGGACGUUCUUUUCGAGGGGUUGGAUGUGACUAUAAGCAGAGGGCAGAAGCUGGGGCUGCUGGGGCGGAACGGAUGCGGUAAAAGCACAUUGCUGAGGAUACUAGCGGGGAUGGACGCGCCUGAUCAGGGCAAGGUGCAGCGCCGGCGGAACCUGAACUUGGCGUUUCUCGCUCAGGUGAAUUCAACAAAAACCACACUUCCAACCAACCUUAGCUGCUCUAUUCUUAGGCGCACAAACAUUCGAAACUCCCAGCAUCCGGACAUGCCCGCUUAA